AUGUCAGCCGACUCGGGAUCAUCUAACGCACCCCAGUUCUCGACGUUCUCGAUAACCAAAAACCUUCGAAUGCCACCCGAGGACAAAGCACUAUAUGAGCGUGUUGCCUUGUUGAAAGACCCCACAUCAAUCACUCGCGCAGAGAAGAAUCAGUUAGAUGGACUUCCACUACCAGAUGAAGAAGAUAGACUUUGUGUGAAAAAGGUUGGCUUAACUAUGGCGGAGCUGAAGGAUAAAGUGGCAGUCAGCCUCGUUACCCUUACCCAAGAAGAGGCUGAUAUUAUCUUAUUUGGCGUUACGUGGGAGCCAGGUAAUCUAGCCAGUGGCAAAAGAUAUCUUCUGUGGUCUAUGGACCUUAUGGAUGAAGAACGGCAGCUUGUCGAAAAAGUACAGAUCUCCUUGGGUAAUCCUUAUGACAACGCGAUUAACCGCCUUGCCAGCAAACGAUGGGAUAAACUGAGACGGCUCAAUCAGCCAGUUAGGGAACAACAGCGUGAGCAGAAAGCACAGGAAAUGCGUGCCGCCUUCGCCGCGCAGAGGGAAGCUGGUCGACCCAAAUGGGUACAGGAAAUGCUUGCCGCAAAGCUAGCUCAUUGGGGGUUUGUUAUAUUUCGGACAGAUUAUCGUGAAGGAACAGAUCAAAAAUGGCAUGUCUUCAAAGGCGUUUAUAGAAUGACCGCAGCUACUGUUCUACGUGACUGUUGGACUAAAGCAAACACCUUAGUCACGACCCAGAAAUCUCUUCUUGUUUCCGAUCCAGAACUAGAUGGCGCGAGCCUGGAUACAUUACGAGAACGAUUCAAGAGAAUGAGGGGAAAUGGAGAGAUACCUAGCGGGAGAGCAACGGAUUGCUUUCUAGUGGUAAACGAUGCGGCUCUUGACCACGAUGUGAUAUCCACCAAGACGCUUUACAAACCUAAAAGUUCCGGGGAAGCAGAUCCCUGGGAUACCACACUGUCUUUACGAGCUGUAGAUCCGGAUUACAAAGAGACGGAUACAUUCGAUUUCGAAGGCUUUAUUACGAUUCCUCUUCCCAAGGUCUUCGACUGGUUGUACUACUGCUUUAUGUCCAAAAGCGAGGAUUGGAAAACGCGAUAUGUGAACAGUAAGGGAGGUCCUGCGGAGGUGAUGGAGCCUGACGCACCAUAUCCAGCGUAUCGCUCAGGUAUGGUAUCGCCUUUACCAUAA